GUGGGUCACUUUCUCACUUCCGACAGCCAGACGAGCGUCGCGCGUCCUUCGCGCUUCAUUCCACAGAAAUGUCGUCGGCGUAUGAGCACCAUGGAGACGUGGAGGUCCAUGUAGACGAGCAUGAGCAUGAGCAUGUGGAGGCAGCCCCCGCCACCUUGCACCUCGAUUCGGAAGAAGAGUACGACGAAGAAUCCGACGACGAUGACGACGACGACCACGCGCCAUCGUCGUCAAUCUCGGUGCCGGCAGCAUCUUCGGACGUGACGGAGGAAGAAGUUGCGAUCGCGCCAUCGACUCUUCUGCUUCGCCAGCGAUCGCACUUGCAGUCGUCGGAUGCGGACCUCGAGGAAACGCUCGAGGAAUACCUGACGUACGGCGGUGCCCAUCCCGACGUUGUCAAACUGCACACAGGGUACGUGCCAUGGACGGAAUCCGCGCUGAAGGAGUACGAAGCGAACAAGGACAAGGAGUUGGUCGACACGGACGUCCCUGCGAACCGCCUGUCUGGCGUCAUUUACGCCCAGCGAUUCUGGGUCACAUUGGCCGGGUGGGGGCUCGGUUUUGGGUCCAAGCCGAAGCUGCUCGUGCUGAGUCCGUUGAACUUGUUUGCGUUGGACCCAACGAACGAGCAAACCACCGACACGUGGGCAUACUCGGACAUCAGCGAAGUGAUCGCCGCAGACGCGUUGAGCUUCACCAUCGUCACCAAGUCGACGAACGCGCGGUCCACGUACAUUUGCAAGGAUAAGGAGACCCGCAACCAAUUCCUGUCGUCGUACUACCAGCUGUACUACCGCGACCGCCCCAACGACAAGGAUCAAGCUGCGACGUUGUUCCAAACCCCGACGUACGUCAUGAAGAAACGCAGCAAGACCAAGGGAUCUGCGACAAGCCCCGUGGAUACCCUCGUGCUGCUCGAAGUGCGCCGCGCGUCACUGGACCGAUUGGACCCCAAGACAAAGAAACCCAUUGCGUCCAUCUCUCUCACCGACAUCCUCAAGGUGCAAAAGCUUCAGAACGACCCGCACGGGUUGGUGCUGUACUACCAGCAGGACAAGAGCAACAUCACGGCCACGCGGUACACGUGCGAAGAGCGCGAGGCGUUCAUCGGGGUCGUAAUCAACAACCUCCGCACGAUCGUCAAGGAGCCGCUGCAGGUUCAAGAGGUGCCCGACGCGUUCGAGUACGACUCGCUCGUGUACCCGCUGAAUGACCCAGUCUCGGUGCUGUUUGAGAUGCCGGUACUCCGUCGCAGCAAGCGCAGCAGCAUCAAGAAGGCGGUGACGCUUGCGUUGACGAGGUCCGAUAUUUUGGAGCGCGACCCUGUCACACACCGCACGCUGGUCCGGAUUUCGCUCUCGGAUGUGUUCAACGUCGUAUUGUCCCCCGAUGAACCGGAGAAGCUCUCGCUUGAGCUCAAGAACGGCCGCACGAGGCGGUACGCUAGCGUCGCGACCGCCGCGGCGGUGCGGAGUCCGCAGGUCGGCCUCGGCCUGGACCAAGUACCCGACCAGCACCGCGUCAAGGAGCUGCAGGCCGCGGUGAUGGACCCAACGUUCACAUCGCACCCGUCGUUUGCUACCGCGGGAUCCACGACGUUGCUGACGCCAUCCGCGAGUCGCAACUUGUUUAUGAGCAACGUGAUUGAAGUGUUUGCCAAGAACAAGAAGCACGUGUCGUGGUCGACGGAAGAGACGCCGCUGGGGUGCAAAGUCGGCGGGUGGAGCGGCGAGUGCAAUGCCGAGUGGGAGGAAAUCCUUCUCAAGAAGCUGCUCGUGACGUGGAAGUCGACGCACGACAACCAGCAGUACUUUGACCAGUUGUUUCGGUUCCUGGAGCAGUUCAAUAAGAACGUGCCGGUGGGAUCAGUCUCGUCCAAGAGCGUCGCCAAGCCACUGGCGUGUCUAUUCAAAGUCGUCGAGCAAAUGCGCGAGUACAUUAGCUUGAAGAUCAAGGACCCAUCCAGCAACGCCCACGCGGCGAUCCCGUCGGCGCAGCUGCAGGUCGCGCUGCUGCUGGCCAUCCAGCGGCUUCUCCACACAAGCUUGGGCUUCCAAGAGGUAUUGCGCAAGGAAUACCGCAAAGUGGUGCUAGUUGUGAUGGAGUUUCUGUACUCGCCUGUCCCCGAAGUCGGUCUCGCCGCUGCCCAAGUCAUCAACUGCUUGGUGGUCAACUACUCGAACGACAAGAACAGCGUCAAGAUGGAGCUGGCUAACCGCAAGGCCGUGUUUCACACGGAGAAGCGCGCCAACCUGUUUGUGAACCGGGUGUUCGACCCCGCAGCGCAAACGUCCAACGUGUACGACGCCGCGGUCGUGCCCAACCCGCUCAUGAACCGCGUGCUCAGCUCGACCCUCGUCGGCCUCGACUUUGUGGUCCUCCACUCGGUCCUGGCGACUAUGGAGGUAUGUCUUGCGUCCGGCAAGCGGUCGACGCCGGAAAAGGUUCAUCGGGACCUACUCAACGCCAUGCACAUUGACGACUUUGCCCACCAUCACACGCUGUUUACACUGAACCGGUCGCUAUCGUUUGGCAUUGCCAAGGCGUCGUCCAUCCUUGUCAAGGUGCACGUGCUCGAGCAGCCGUCCGAGCUCGUCGAGCAGAUUCAGGACUUUGCACGGACUCAAGGCGCGCUCUUGUGGCAGCUGUACCUGAGUCUUGGAGGCCACGACCACAGCCAGCGCCGCAUCUCGUCGCAGCUCGUCGCGCUUCUCACGCACGAGAACCCGCGGUCGUCCAACUUGAUCCGCAACAUCUUUCCCCACGCACUCCUUGGCGACAUCCCGCCGGAAAAGUGCUCGUACGACGAGUUUGGCCGCCGGUUGCCGGUGCUCCUUCCAUCUUCAGCUUCUUUGUCCGCUCCAACCAACAAUGCCGCCACCCCGACGACGACGACCGCUGUUUCCCUGGCGCCGCUCUCCAACGUGACCGAUCUAUCGGCCUCCCGACUCCACAACACGGGUGCGACGGACCCCGCCACGUCGUCGUCGGUGCUUCCAACGACGCCACCCACCGCCGACGAACGACUGACGGUACUCGCGUCCGACAAGGUGCACGCCGGCGUCACGUCCCGCGCCCACGUCGUCGCAACCACCAAGUGCGUGGUGCUGCUGCCGGAUUUCUUUGAUAAACUGCGCGGCGUGGUCGUCCAGAAGGACCUCAAGUGGGAUGCGCACAACUUGGCCGAGCUGCAGACGCGACUCGUGGACGAGCUAUCGCUGUUCGAUCUGAACCGUCUCACGUACUUCUUCUUCCUGCUGUCGAGCCCGACGGACCGCACCGAGUCGGCGCUGGAUGCGUCCAUGGAAAGAGGCGUCCGUCGCGAUGCCGACGCGCUCUCGAGCGCGUUUCCCGCCGUGUUUGGCGGCGUCGUAGCCACCACCACCACCGCCACCACCUCCACCGCCGCGCCCUCCGAUCCAUUCGACAAGGAAGACGACAUCACUGCCGCCGACGACGUGCCCGCGCACCACCAGCACCAUGUCGAGCAGCACCAGCACAUUGUAGCGUCACCCAAGCCAUUUUGGUUCUUGAACUGGAACGCCGACGAGUUUGUCGUCGAGUUUGCAUGCUUGAAAGACGAAGUCCGCGUCGGGGCGUACUACCUCAAGGCGCUGUUCAAUCGCCACGGCGACCUCGCCGAGGACAUUGUCGACGUCGAAGCAUUCAUCACGCUGCUCUACUUUCGCGUCCUCGCGCCCUCCACCGACGAACAUGUUCGCCUCUUGUGCGUCAAGACUAUGACUGCUCUCUACAACAAGUACCCGACCGAGAUCCGGUCGCUUGUGUUCCUCAACCAGUUUGUGCGCAUCGCCAUGACAUCCCCCACGACGUGGUCGCGCACAUUGCGCGGCCAUGUGAUGCUGUUUGUCGAGCGCGUGCUAUCCAACGCGGUUAACGUGACUCGGUUCCUCCACGAACCGGCCAACUUAGAGCUGGUCGUGCGGCUGCUCCGUGAAGGGAACGAUGCCGCCGAUGCCGAUGCCGCCGAUGCCGAUGCCGACGAAGCCACGAGCAUCGUGCAGACAUGCUUGGUCGUGCUCAUGAAACUCGUGCACUGCCAGACCACCCACCACGACGACCUGGCAAAGUCCGAGUACUUUGUCGGGAACCAGCCCACGACCACGGCCGCCGUGGGCCCCGUGAGCUACAUCAAGCGCGCACUGGCCACGCACUUGAAGUUCCUUGUGACCCUGCUGGAUCACCCGAGCCGCGCCGUGUUUCGCAAGGUGAUUCACCUGUUUUACCUGUUGAUCCAGAACAACGAGUCGCUCGUGCCGACGCUGCACACGACGGGGCUGUUCUACUACCUCUUCCGGAACGCCCGGACCGAGGACGACAUGUUUGUCGUGGCCAACUUCGUCACGCCCAUCCAUUUGCGCCAGCGGCCAGUUCACGUCACACCCGAAGAGCUCACCAAGUUGCUGGAUAAUGCAAACCCGACGCCGUCGUUCACCCAGCGAUGCAUGAAGAGCUGGCUUAUCAAGAUUCUGCCCGUGUCCCUUGUGGCACAGCUGGUGCGGCACGGCUCGCACAAGUUUGCAAGCGUGUACUUUGCCACGUCCAACGACCCUGAAACCCUCUGGAACGCCACCUUGCGCGAGCAAAUGCUGGUGCAAGUCGAUGCUUUCAUUGCUAGCCACACCAGUCAACCACAUGGCGAGUUUACCUUGUCUGUGGCCGAAGAGGACACGACCACACCGCUGAUUGCGUACCCCGAACAAGUGUACAAGCUGCAAGUGGACCAGUACUACCUACACAACCUCCUGGACGACACGACGUUUCCCAACUGGCCCAUCAAUGACCCCCCCGCCUUCCUUCGAGCGCUCAUGGACGCCGUGCACUCGUGGGUGUACCCGUCGCUGACCAAGCUGUCGACAUUGGACAUUGUGAUGGUGUUCGACUCGAUCAGCUUGCUGUUUCGCCGGUUCUGGUCGUCGCUCGAAGCCAAGCUGCACGACCACUUGAACUUUUCGCUGCUCUUGCUCGCGCUCAAAAAGUGCAAUGACAUGCCGACGCCGCAGUGGGAUGUCUUCCUGAGCGCGCUCGCCGUCAUCACGGCCGCCUGCCACAGCAGCGCGAUCAUUAACACCAUGAACGACACGACCGUCGUGUCGGGGCUCCGCGUCAUGUACGAUGCGCUGGCGUUGGCUCAUGCUCACCGCGCCAACGACCUCGCGCCCACGCGGUUCCUCUUGCAGACGUUCAACCUGAUUGUGCACCAGCCGCUGGGCCGCGACGGCCUCUCGUCGUCGCCGUCGCUGUCGAUUCUGCCUUUUCUGCAGCCGUACCUGGACCUGACGACGCCAUCGCAGGACCUCACGGCGCUCGCGCUCGAGAUUGUGCAGGGCAUGGCCAUCGGGUCUGCUAAGUCGGACGAGCUCCUGGACGCCAUGGCCAAGCGCGGCGUCGUGUGGUUCCUCGCGCCGAUCAUCUGCGACUCCCCCGGCCAGACGCGGACGCGGACGCUGGCGGCGGAGGCGCUCAAGGGGCUCCUUAAACCCGAGAACGCGCCGGCCACGAGUGCCCGGGGCCGCAUGCAGCGCACGAUCGACCAGAUCUUUACGCGUCCGCUGAUAGACUUGCUCCUGAGUCAGAGCGACCCAGACAUGUUUUUGCGCGUCGUGUCGCAUGAUGUGAAGAAGCCGCACAUGAUGUGGACCGCGUCGAUGCGGACGCAGCUGCUGGCGCUCGCCGCCGAAGCGCACGCCGCCUCCCACGAGUUUGCCUUGCCCGAUAAGUUUCUGUACGACGCCCAAGUGUCGGAGCUGCGCGUGGCCGACAUUUACGUCAACUUUUACAACGACGACCCCGUGAGCGGCAUCACGGCGCUCAUCUCGUCUGGCCUCGCGGACGAACGCACGGGCCGCGGCACCCACGUGACCGACCAGACCGAGAUCCGCAAGCGCGUGAUGGCUAACCUGUUGAGCUCGCUGUCCCACGACAUUGCCGGCGUGCGCGCCCGCCCCGAGACCCUCGAGGCUACCCUCCGCGACCGCAUGCUGCCAGUGGUGACGGCGGUGCGUCACAUGCUCCAGCACACACCCGAAAUGGACAUGCAGCUGGUGGACGUGGACGGCAUCGUAACGCUGUUCGCCGGACUCGACCACGACGAGACCAAGAUCCGGUUCUCGACCGACAAGGCGCCGUACUUCCAGCUCCGCGUGAUGGAGUGCCUCCACGUGGCCAUGUUUUCACCAAAGUGCAUUGAAAAGAUCGCCGACAAGAUCCCGCUGUACGUCAAGUCCAUGUUUGCGACAGUGUACACCCACCUCCCCAAGCGGAAAGAGUCAGACGAAGGCCAGUUGGCCCGCGUGGCGCUGCAAUUUGUCGGCAACCUCUGCCUCGUACCUACAUGCAUCGACAAGCUCGUCAGCGGCAUGGAUCCCGCCGCGCUGGCCAAGUACGUUCGUGGUCCAUGGAUAUAUCAUCUAUUGCCAAGCCAACACGGUGGACUUUUGUGCUGAUUAUCUCUUGUUUGAAUUUUUGAUUUGUAAAACGGUGUGUGGUUGGUGUCACAUUAAUUAAAGUCUUACACUAAUUACAUGUGGAUGAUGCUGGUUGUUUCCUGCAAUGUGAUUGGCUCCAUGGGUCGUCGGCCGAUACAAAUCUGUAUGUACUACAUGUACUAUUUGGUUGUGUCGAUCGAUGCAAUCUAGCCUUCAUGUCGCUCUGUCCACUUUCGAAAAGAACCAACACCACCAAUAUAAUAUUAUUAUUAUUACCAAACAGCCAAACAAACUGUCGUCGUUUUUUACCCAAAAUUUGGCUGAUUUUUGCGCUAAAUGGAUCGAUCGAUUGUCUUGACUUUUGUAUGUUGAGAUCGUCCAGUAUCACACUAAUUCAAGUCACACACUAAUUCGAUGUUGUAGACUUGGUUGAAGAGUGGAUAAUUUGAUUGGCUACUUGAUAUGCGUGAUCUGGGUUUUGAUUGGUCAAAAUAUCGAUCGAUUGUCUGCCGAUUUGAAAUAUAUUGUGCUCAUGGAGCACUCCAAUGUUUUGAAUCGACAAUAUAUAUAUAUAUAUAUAUUGUAGGACGCUACCCCUCAUGUCGGCUGGCAACAACCACCAAGACGUCGAGCUCCUCCUCAACAUCCACACAACGGCAUUGAAACGACACACCAACUUGUCGAUUAACUUUGCCAAGUCGACCGCCAUGGGCCCGAUGGUCACGGCGCUGCUCAACUUGCUGUCGGCGCCGGACGCCAUCGCCGGCAACAUCAAGGCGCCCAUCGCGCGGUUCCUGUCGGUGCUGUCCAUCAUCCCUGGCAACCAAGUGUCCACAUCCCUGCGCGACUCGACCGUGUGGAAGGAGUACACGUCCACCCAUGUUGUGGGCCACGAAAAGGCGCAAGAUGCGUCGGCGGACGUCAAGAAGUGGCUGUCGCUGCCCGUCGCGCCCGAGCUGCUCAAGUUCAAGUACGCCAAUCCACAGAAGAUUGGCAUCCUUCUUGCGUAGCCGCGUGUAGCACAGGACAUAUGUAGCCAUGCUAUUUUGUAUAUCUAAUUCUGUUGCCUAUAUAUACAUUACCUCGUUCCAUUGCUUUCAUUCGCGCAUGAUCAUCACGACGAUGGAUGGCGGCCGAGGAAGGCGACGGCCGGCGCGGCUUCGUUUCGAG